UGAGCGGGUCGUGAAGGUGGAGCAGCGCAACCUCUCGCUUUAACCACAUUUCUCCCAAACUCCUGCCUUCCUCCGGAGCUGCAGGACGUCUCACCGCGGGUCGCUCUCAGUCUCACCCCGCUGGAGCUGCUGUCCGCCCCGGGCCAUAGCACUAAACAGCUGUUACCCAUUGCGGAUCUUUCGUGUCUUUUUUACGCGGAGAGAGCGGACCGUGUCUGGAUGUGUUAGCUGCAGCAGAGGCAAUAGUCUCGGCUUUUUCGCAUGGCGUAGGCACCUUUUCACGGAGCAGGGUAGUCUUGGCGUUGGGAGGGACGGAGAGCGCCCUAAACAUUAACUUGCAAACUUCAAACCCAAUGUUACGCGCAAGAACGACAUGAUUGUGCAAUAAGGAAGUGUGCUGGUCUGGGAUACCACGGCAUAGAUAGACUAAACGGAACAAGUAACCAGACAUUUCCUGCUUCAAACUCGACGAAAGACCAGAAAAAGACGGAAUAUAUUUGUGUCUAGAGAGAGUGAUUGGACACUGAAACACCUUCAAAAUGACGGGCAGCAGCACCCCAGCGGACAUGAUAAACCUGAGGCUCAUUUUGGUCAGCGGUAAAACGAAAGAGUUCCUCUUCUCUCCGAACCACUCGGCAGCAGACAUUGCAAAGCAUGUGUACGACCACUGGCCCAUGGACUGGGAGGAGGAGCAGGUGAGCAGUCCCAACAUCCUACGGCUCAUCUACCAGGGGCGCUUUCUCCACGGCAACGUCACACUAGGAGCUCUCAAACUGCCCUUGGGGAAGACCACAGUGAUGCAUUUAGUUGCCAGAGAGACUUUGCCCGAGCCAAAUUCCCAAGGUCAAAGAAAUCGUGAGAAGACUGGAGAGAGCAACUGCUGUGUCAUCCUGUAGAUUCACACCUCUUCGUCCUCCUCCUGCCCUCCUCGUCCUGGGAUAGUUACGAGCACGUCCCCCCGUCCCGCCGCCUGUCCAUAACAACAACAAAAAGGAUACGCAUUCGGACAACAUCUUUCCUCCUCAGUCUCCUCUGAUAUGGAAACACUGAGGCAGCGGGCUCAAUCCAGGACUUACAGAGCUGAUUUAAACAAUAGCGUUGAUUCCUUUUGUUGUACUUGAUGAUUAUUUGUCAUAGGAGGAACUGGAUUUGCAUGUUAUAUUUUUAUUUUGAAAUUUCUUAAUGUACACCUUGUUAAGCCUUCUGCUGCCAUAACGUUACAUACCAUUGACUCAUGUUGCUAUUCGUGGCCGGUCUGCUAGCAGUCAGUUUUUAGCUGGUUGUCACAGUAAUGCAGUGCCCAAGUUUUGCGUGUGGCCUUGUCUUUUCUUAUGGCAAAGGAUUUUAACCACUAACACACACAAGUCCAUAUAAACAGACUCAGUUUUAUGGUCUGCACAUUCAUACAUCUGUGCUCCUUGGUGCAGACAAAGCUGUGCCUGAUCCAGCUGACCAGGACACUUACAUUCAUAUACUAGUCUACACUUGUGUCCUCUCUCUACUGCCCUCCUCUGCAUGUGCAAGCGAAAUGCACAAUAGAGAAAUUAUUCUUUUUUUUUUUUUUUUUUGAGGGAAAGAUUUUUCUGUCUCUCAAUAUUUUAUCCAAACAAAGCCUAAUAAAUAAACAAAUAGUGAUAUAUUUGUUUGUCCGAGACAUAUGUGACUGUGUUUUGACAGUCCAUGCAUAUAUUGCAUAUACUGUAUAUACAGUUAUAUAUAACUAUAUUACUGACCGAUCAGUGUUGUGCUCGAUAAACCUAGAUUCCUUACUAUGCCCAAUUAAAGACAAAUUUUGGUACCAGUGUUGUGAAGGAACUGUGUAAUUAUGGCAUCAUGAUAUCAUCAUCAAAAGAGAAAAAAUAUUGAGCAAUAUCUCACUGCAACAAUAUAUGAUAUGCAAUAGUCCUAAUGUGUACAUGGAAACUUUUGUAUGUGGUUACAUCAUGGUGGAUGGUGCAUGGUCUGGCGAACAGUAUCAUGAUGGCUCCCAUAGUUUGAGAUAUCAAAAUGGCAAAGAUUUGCCAUAAAUUGUGCAGUUCUGUUCCAACAGGUUAAUGAAGUGGGUAUGAAACUAUAUCCACAUUUGUCUUAAUUUGUCUCCUAUCAUCUUCCUGCAUCACAGAGAAAGUCCAGUUUUUUGCUCGACCAGCACUGUUUUUCCUGUUGUAAAUAAUUGACAGCACACCGUUUCAGAAAGCUGAAAAAGAAGACAUUUAUCUUCAAAACUGAAAAAAGAGCAUUGCACACUACAUUAUAUUCAUGAUCUUAUCUGCAUCCUCAAACUGUAACUGUUCAACAACCAUAUAAUACAGGGAAUAAUAUUGCUAACAAUACACAAUGUGAAACUUUACAAAAUACUCACAUAGUCCAUUUUGCACAGAUUGUAUGUGCUCCAUAAAAUUAUUACAAAUGUACAGAGCAGUUAAUUUUAUAUUUUUUCCAAUGGGAGAUGAAUUCCAAUCUAAGGUAAAGUGUAGAAUAUAUUUAAUAAUAAUAUGACUCUUAUUUAGGACAUGAUGACUAGGUCUUGUUGAUAUAUAAACAAUAUAUUGAUGUUUAGUCUGAUCGUGAUGGUUAGCCUCUAGCCAGUUCACUUGUGCUUAAGAGCAGCAAAAACCUCCCUAAUCUCCCGUAAACUGUAUUUUGUUUCUCUUUAUGUGCUCUUCUAAUAUUAUUUUUACUUGUGUAUAAUUUAAUGUAAUCCUCUGUUUUAUUUUUGCUUUUAAAUGGCUUUGUAACAGCACUAGGUCUUAAAAUUGUUUAUAAUGAUCAGGGUUCCAAUCUGUACAGAUAUAAACGUUUUCAAACCGAUUGUAAAUAGCACUAAUGCUCCCCUUAUGGCCCUAUGAACUUCAAAUGAAAACAUCUGUAAACUAAAUAAAGGUUAUUGAAGUGCA